AGCACUCAAACUUUCUCAUUUUAUCGCUCUCCAUUCUUUCCAUUUGUUUUAUUUCUCAUGGCAGAAGAUCAAAUUCCAGAGUCCAAAUGGGAAGGCAAAACCUCUGCUGAUCUUAAAGGCUCAUCAGCUGAACAAGUUUGGCCUCUCCUGGCCGAUUUCUGCAACAUACACAAGUGGUUCCCCGAUAUAGCCACGUGUUACCAAAUGGAUGGCGUCCCUGGCCAACCGGGUCUGAUCCGGUACUGCGCCCGUGCUCCCAUUGAUAAUGAUGAGUCCACCAUCAAGUGGGCCAAAGAGAAGCUACUGUCCCUUGAUCCAAUCCAACGGUGUUUGAGCUAUGAGAUUAUUGAGAGCAAUCUCGGGUUUAAGUCGUAUGUUGCGGUAAUGCAAGUAGUCCCCAUCAACAGCGGAGAUGGCAGCAUUGGGUGCAAGAUCGAGUGGUCGUUUGUUUGCGAUCCGAUUGAAGGGUGGGCACUGAAUGAUUUUCGUUCAUACCUUCACUCUUCUCUUCAAUUGAUGGCAGAGAAGAUCAUGGAGCAUACUCAUCUAUCUACCACUGGGUAACCCUAAUUGUUGUGUUGGUGUGUUUAUGGCUUAGUUUGGUAUUGCUGUGAAAAACUUAUUCCGGUGUGCUGCAAGAAUAAAUAGCUGCGAAAUAAAGCAGCAACGUGUUUGAUAAUCUAUAUUUGUAAAAGUGCUGUGAUUAUAAAAAGCAAUGUUAAAGCAGCAACACAGCAACGUGUUUAAUAAUCUGUAUUGGCAAACUUUCUUGUAAAAGUGCUGUGAUUGUGUAUAAUGACAAAAAGGGUAUGAUAAAAAAAUAGUAUUUA